GUGAAAAGUUCCAAAGAGAGAUAUGAAAUCAAGUUCGUCCCCUCGUGUUACGUGGACGUAAUUCUCUGUGCGAGCCUUGUCAAGCAAUUUCCGAUAAUAUUACAUAUAUCAUCCGCUAUCCGGGAAGAAUUUUUUUGUGCAUUUCUUUUUAUGCUGGAUAGUGUCCAUGGAUACCAUCGAAGUGAAUGACCUUAAGAAGCAAGCAACAACUGAUGCUUUGGUGAUCCGUUAUCGCACAUACAGUCGUCGCGUUCGUACGAUGCUCUAUCUCGGUGGUGUUUUGCAAGAUCGGACACAUUCUGUGAUUCGAACGUAUAUCAUUGGAUUCUUGGUAAUCCUUAUGUGUCUGAGUCAUAGUAUCUUCUUGUUAAAUUUCAGUAGGGAUUAUGCUGACAAUUUGACGUUGAUGGUGAAGUGCUUCGGCCAGAUGAGUAGCUUCAUCGCACCUGCAUUAAUGUCAGCCUGCUUUCUAAUCAAACGUGAGAAACUGCUCGAGCUCCAUGAAACAUUGAACGAUCUCUUUGAGCGGGAACUGGAACAGGAUCAGGAAACCACACUCGCAAUUUUGCACGCGUUUGAUAGACAAUCUUACAUAAUGUUCUUCAUUACGACAUCUUUGAUCCUGUCACAUGUCUGUCCACCGCUAAUAUUUAUAAUUUAUCAGAGUGUUCGUCAUAUCGAACCCAAAGGAUACAGAUUGCCUUUUUUGGCGAAGUUUCCAUGGAUCGUCCCAAUCAACGGUGGUUUCCUAUUCUAUUUACAUUUUCUAUAUCACUUUUUCAUCGGCUGGUGGGUAAUCUUCACUAUUAAUAGCGUCGAUAGUCUCUUUGGCUUCUAUGCGUUUCAAAUUUCCUCAAUACUGCAUGCUAUGUCCAUCAAACUGAGGUCAAAUCUGCGAUCUCGUGAAGUGCUGAAGAUAUGCAUACAGAUACAUGGCCGAUUACUUCAAUGCAGUUACAUAUUGGAAGAUAUCUGGCAAUUGAUAAUCUUACGGAUGCUUGUCACUAACGCAUGCGUUAUAUGCGCAUUGAUCUUUGAAGCAAGCCAGUUCACAGACAUAACGAUGAAUGAGGUCUUUUCGUUCAUCUUUUUCAUAGCAUUAAAGCUCUUGCAAACGUUCAUAUAUGCCUGGAACGGCAGUUCCAUCACAAGUGCGAGCGAAUAUUUUCGCGAGGGAAUUUAUUUUAGCGAUUGGCCGAAUUCUAGUCUCGAUCAUCAUAUAAGAGCGAACAUUAUUGUGUCGAUGAUGCAAAAACCGAUGAUUAUAAAGACAUUAAAAAUAUCUUCCGUAAAUGUCAACAUGUUUAUUAAUAUCAUGAAUACCGCUAUGUCCUAUUUCUUUCUUUUACAAUCCUUGGACGAAGGUGGAUAGAGAAGAAAGCUGUAUUUCCAUUGUUUUGUAAAUACUAGUAAGCAUAUAUAAAAUU